CACCUUGCACCCAUUUACAAGUCCUCCUAUUCCCAGUAAUUUAUACUUUUCGAUUAUGGAAAUUCCAAAAUGGAAGGGUUCCUCACAGAAGUUUCCACCAAGGUGAAUCAAACCAAAGAGCCUGGAAUCCUCUUCCAAGAAUCGGCCCCACGCCGAUCCAACAAGACUAUCAAGCUUGACCUAGGAAACCCAAAGAAUAUCGCCAUAGCCCUCAAGGAGCAACCGGAUUUCGAAACAGUAAACGCCAUAUUACAGCACCUGGCCCUUGCCGUCGAUUCAAAUGGUCUGAAUCUAGCGAUUCCCAGUCCUAAAUCCGCCCAAAUCGCUGAUACGAUAGUUACGACUACCAUUCCUGAUUUUUGGGGAGCUAUCAAGACCACUCCGUCUAGUAGAAAUGCUCUCCUGACAUGCCUGAGAAAUGGCAAUGGCAUUGGGGCUAUACUUAGUAGGCUUCGCUCACUAGUAGUAGAUGCACGCAAGAAGAAGCCCGAUGAUGGCAGCAGAGGGUCUUCAGAGCAGCUUGGAGAUCUAGUUGACGUCCUAGAGCGGACUAUAGAAGGCGGACGCACUUCAUUGCUUGUGAGGGAGGAUAUUCGAAAAUAUGCACCGAAUAAGGUCCAAGAGAGGUUAAUAUGGAAAGAGUACGUUGGGCAGGUUGCUUCUGGUAGAUUGAUAUCCAUUGUAGCUGAAGCAGAAGACGUGAUCAAGCAGUCUCACACUCUCAAAAAGGUCUCCUGGAUAGGAAAUGGCAGAGAGUAUUCACUUUGGUUGGGCCGCAACCUUUCCAUACUCUUAGAGAAUAGCUCUAACGAUGUCGACGCUCUUGUAAUUGACAUGUUGGCUAAAUCAUUGGGGAUUGGGUAUCUUGAUCAUCUUAUAAAACCAGUCAUAGAUGGCAUCAUCACCAAACGUUCCACGGCGGCUUUCGAAAAGCAUCUCCGGCCACUGAAAGCACAUGAACAGCGCAAAUACUUCAAUGCAAUCAUUGAGUGCCUGACGAAACAAUAUCUUAGCGCAAACAUCGUCGAGAAGGGUUCUGGUCCUUUACCAUCUUCUCCCAAGAUAUCGGGCGCUGCAUCACUGAUAUCUGGACUAAUUGAUCGGAACGAGGUGUUGCAGGGUCAUACCGUGACUCUGGUCACCCAAUCUCCCCUGAACACCUUAGAUGACUCAUUGGAUGGUCGACGGAGUGUUAUAGCGGCUUUGGCUCGCAACGAAGAUAAGCUACAUGACGCACUCGAGAAGUGUUUCCGGUUAUUCGGCGAUGCCUUCUACAUCAACCAUACCCCUUUAUUGCAGCAAGAAGCGCUCGCCCAAAACCUUCUCGUCGCGUGUUCGUACGUACAACGCUCACAGCCGAUGUUCCUCACCAUGAUGGCCAAGUCGACCCAUCACAUCUCGGGCACAUCCAAUCGCAUAGCUGCCUCGUCACCACGGGCACGUUUACUGGGAAUGAUCGUCGGUACGGUCAUCUCAAAGCUUGUGGAUAAGCUUGCCGCACAGCUUAAAUUCGAUCUCGAAGGCGACGAGGCCAUAGAAAAGCAAUGGUUUGAGCAACUCGUUCAAGUCAAUGACGAGCUUGGUUCGUUGGCAGACCUUCAAGUCCCUGAAAAGAUAUCUAAAGCAUCGCUGAAAGCGAAAGGGCCAGGAGUAGAGAUUCGCAGCAAACCUUCCAAAUCACGAUCGAACCCUCGGGCACCCGAGAUACCCACUCCUAGAAUUGUUGAAAUUUUGGAUGAUUCUGGCUCCGAUGACGAUGAUGAUCUACUCGCCUACGACAAGCCAGAUUCCGACCCGGAGGACGAUACAGAGGAUCCAACAGAGAUCAAUCGAAACAAAGUGGUAGCACCCGUCUACAUUCGUGAUCUACUUGCUGGACUUCGCGACCAGGAGAAUUACGAGCGUCACGAGCUCGCCCUAGCUACUGCUCCUGCCCUGAUCCGACGUAAAGCAAAUUUCGGUACCGAGGUCGAUGACCACAUUACAGAACUGGCGAGCGUUUUGACUGGUCUGAACGAUAAUCUUGAUCUUCCUAAAUUCGGCCAGCAGCGCCAGCAAGCCCUUAUCGCGCUUCUCCUCGCCAAGCCGGGACCCGUCGCGCAGUGGCUCGCUCGAUCCUUCUUCUCCGGCGACUACUCCAUCACUCAGCGAGUUUCCAUGCUCAUCGCCAUGGGCCUGGGAGCACGGGAACUCGCAGGACUAAAAGAUACUUCUACGGAAGAAUUCAUCCCCCCAGCAGCGUCCUUCCCAAGCAAAGAGCUCGCACCACAUCUCCACAAGAUCUAUGCUUCAGAAGCAGACCCAGUAUCACGAAUAACUGCCAGCAUGGCCAAAAGCAUGCUCGCCCCGAUGGCCGCCGAUGCAGCAGACCGCCUAUCCGGGCCCUCCGUCCUGAAAGUCCGGACCUUCUCCUCCCGGAUGGAAGUCGAAAAGCGACGCUCCAAGCCGAUACCGAACGCCCUCGCCCACCUCGUCGCAGACAACUUCUUCUUCCCGCUGACCGGGCGGUGGUGGAUCGCGGUGCGCUCAUCGUCCAGCGCGGACGGCAGCUUGUACACUUCGACUCACCUGCUGGCCCCGUUCCUCCGCACCCUCGCCCUGCUCAUACACGCGGCUGGCCCCAACACCAUGUCUCUCUCCCAGAUGACGCGCGAGUUCUGGGAACUGCUCCUCUUCGCCAGGAACUUUGCAGUCGAGGACAAGAGCGUCAUGGGUGCGCUGCUGUUUGCGUUUCUCAUGAUCUUGGAGACGAGCGAGGACCGCGAGCGCAUAGCGAAUGACCAGGCCAAGGAACUGCUUGAGACGCAGGAAUGGGUCCGGUUGGUCUUUGAGCGCAUGGGCGCUGGGACGGAUGAGGACGACAAGCUCAGGGCUCUGGCGGCCGGGGUUCUCGUCAGGUGUCAGGAGGUCGUGGAUAAGUACCAGCGGAGAAUGGUGGGUGCUAUGAUGGAAUAUUAAGAUGAAAUUCAGGGCGAAGUUGUUAGAUCUUGUAUGCAUGCAAUGACAUAUUCUACAAGAAACGUUUCGACAAGUAU